AUCAUCAGGCAAUUUCAGGGCUCGGCGGUCGAAUCCAUAUCUCCCCUCUUCCUCCUCCCCUUUCUGCGGCGGCUCUCGUCGAUCGAAUCACUCGAUUCCAUUAUCCUCUUCAUCCCCUCUCCUCCCUUUCUUUCUAGUUUCUGCUUCCUUCUUCACAGUGAUUGUUUUACAAUUUCUUUCUUUGUCUUUUACGGCUUCAGUAUCGGGUUAAGGGCAGGGCGUCAGACGAAACCAACGAAUACUAGGGUUUUUUUUGGGCGUGCGACACUCCUGGAGGUGCGCUCGGGGGGCUAUUGUGUCUCGCGGUGCUCGGGUUCUCGUUAGGGAAGAACCCUAGAUCUAGGAUUAGGCCGUCGCUGGACCUACUGGGAUCUUUUGAUUUGCUGAAAUAUGAUGUUCUGGCGCAUGACUGGGUUGUCCACGGCUUCGCCGGUGGACACUAUCUUGGAUAAGGAGAAUUAUGCAUUGGAAGAGCUUCUGGAUGAAGAUGAAAUAAUUCAAGAAUGCAAAGCUCUGAAUAACCGCCUCAUUAAUUUUCUUCGGGAGAGGGCUCAAGUCGAGCAAUUGAUUCGCUACAUCGUUGAAGAAGCCCCUGAGGAUGCUGAGAAGAAGCGAAUUUUCAAGUUUCCAUUUAUUGCUUGUGAAAUUUUUACUUGUGAGGUUGAAAACAUAUUACGAACUUUGGUUGAGGAUGAAGAGCUGAUGGACCUGUUGUUUUCCUAUUUGAAGCCUGAUUUCCCGCAUAGUACAUUGUUGGCUGGUUACUUCAGCAAGGUUGUUUUAUGCUUGAUGGCGAGGAAGACUGCCCAACUCAUGACCUAUGUUCAAGGUCACCAAGAAGUUUUCCAUCAACUAAUUGAUUUGAUUGGCAUCACAUCUAUAAUGGAGGUAUUAAUUCGGUUGAUUGGUGCUGAUGAAAAUAUGUACUCGAACUAUACUGAUUCAUUGCACUGGUUGGAUGAUGCAAAUGUUCUUGACUUGAUUGUCAAUAAGUUCAGUUCAUCGAAUUUGCCUGAAGUUCAUGCUAACACUGCUGAAGUCCUCUGUGCGAUUACUAGAUAUGCUCCUCCUGGACUUGCAGCCAAGAUUUGCAGCCCAAGUUUUGUGGGAAGAUUAUUACAUCAUGCCUUUGAAGAUUCGCGACCCAAAUCUGUUUUGGUGCACUCAUUGUCUGUAUGCAUAUCUUUAUUGGACCCUAAGAAAUUGUUACCUCCUCCAUACCAAUCAUUCAGAAGUCAGCUAAGCCGUGGAACAAUGGUCAAUGCCAACCCAGAUACUGUUAAUGCCAUGCUAGAGAACUUAGGUGAUUUAUUGAAGUUACUAGAUGAUACUGCCUCAGAAGUGGUUUUGCAAACUACCUACGGAAGCUUAAAUCCUCCUCUUGGGAAACACCGCUUGAAGAUUGUGGAGUUCAUCUCUGUUUUGUUGACAAUUGGUAAUGAAGCUGCGGAGGAGGAGUUGAUUCAUCUAGGGGCUAUAAGAAAAGUUUUGGAUUUAUUUUUUGAGUAUCCUUACAAUAACUUUUUACAUCACCAAGUGGAUAAUAUUAUUGGAUCAUGCUUAGAGAGCAAAAGAACUUUACUGGUAGACCAUAUUCUCAGGGACUGUGACAUUGUGGCUAAAAUUCUUGAAGCAGAAAAGCAGCCUAUUCUGCCAGCAGAUUCUAAUAAGCCAACUCUAGCGGCAGAGGGACGACCACCUCCAAGAGUAGGCAAUAUUGGGCAUUUGUCACGGAUGGCUAACAAGCUUGAACAGGCAGCAAACUCUAGUGUUAUAAUACAGACGCAUCUGCAGGAAAACAGUGAAUGGAUUAAUUGGCACACCAAUGUCCUAGUCAAGCGCAAUGCCAUUGAAAAUGUUUACAACUGGGCUUGUGGGCGCCCAACUUCAUUACAAGAUCGAGCUAGGGAUAGUGAUGAUGAAGACUUCCGAGACAGAGAUUAUGAUGUUGCUGCAUUGGCUAGCAAUUUGAGCCAGGCUUUUCGAUACAACAUAUAUGGAACCGAUGAUAUUGAGGAGGCUCAUGGAUCAGUUGAACGUGAUGACGAGCUACAGGACGUUUACUUCGACGAUGAAUCUGCCGAAGUUGUAAUUUCAUCCCUGCGUUUGGGGGAUGAUCAGGAUAGCGGUUCAUUGUUCACAAACUCAAACUGGUUUGCUUUUGAGGAGGAUAAAGCUGUUAGCGAUCCAUCUAGUGCUUCCAUUGCCUCUCCAUCUCCUAAUUCUGAGGACACUGACGAGGUUGUGGUUGGUGAAAGCUUAAACCCAAUUGACAGAACACUCAACAGAAAGUUUCCAGAACCUGGAACUGUUUUCUUAGGCAAUGGCCCUAUUGAUGAAUCCAUGGAAGAUGCUGGUCAUUCGAGCCCCACAAAAGAAAACGAUAAAUCGCCUGAAUGGGUUGAAUGGAGGGAGAUGACCGACCCUAGCGAUCUCUGCUGUACGAACUCGACUCCUAAUGUCCCAAAUGGCGAUAUUGAAGCGAAAAAGGUUAAUGAAAAAGAUGAUCAUAACUUGAGUGUUGAUGAAGGCAUGCCUUCAUUAGCACAAAAUGAUAUAACCAACCAGGAAGCAGAGAGAUCGGCUGGCCCUGCUUCUAAAGCCCCUCCUGUAUUAGCCGAGGCUAAUCUAGAGCACGAGAAUCCGAUCGAGGAGGAUAAGCUGACUUAGGCAUUUCUGAUUUUAGCGGGCUGCUCGACACAUGAAUGGGGCAACAGCUGAUACAGUAAAUUAAACUAACGCGCGGCAGAUUUGUUAUCGUAGAACCCUUUGUACAUCAGGAAGUUCCAUUCUAGGCGGUGGACUUUAUAUGCUUAAUUUGUACCUGUACAAAAUUAUAGCUCUCUGACAUCCAAUUAUAUCUGCCAGCAUCUCUCAUACUAAGGCCCAUCCAAUGCCGCCCCUAUUAAAACCUGCUUUGGUUCCGUAACGUUAUUCUCUGAUAUCAGCGGUCUAGGUUUAUGUAUUUUCUUUGUUAUGCUUUGUCCUUUGGAAUGUCAAAUAACUUUUGUAAUUCUUUUCGCUAUCAAUUCCGUCAGACAUUAAUAUUUGUUGUAAUUGUUCCCAGUGUUAUUGUUUUAACUUUUGAGGUUUGAUCACCAGGUGUGAGACGGUAUGCGGUUAUU